ACAACACAGGCGCUGCUACAGUUAGCCGUGCGGACGAUUUGAGUUAGCUUGAAGACGGUGAUGAAUCCCAGACCUGGAUAAUUAUUUAUUUUAUAAUUAAACAACGAUGUCUUCAGUUGAGUAUUUAAGAGAGUUUGUUAACGAGAGACUAACUGCUGCUGCCGAAGAAAUAUUCGGAGUUUUUAAAAGGACCAUCGUCGAGUAUGAGGAAGAGAUCGACCGUCAGCGCAGACUGUUGGAUAUCGUUUGGAAACCCGAUAUAAAGCUACACAGAAUAGAGCUCCCACAGCAACAUGUCUGUAAGGAGGAGGAGGAGGAGGUUCUCUCUGACCAGCAGCUCUGUGUUCAGGAGAUUAACUCCAGUCUGGACCAAGAGGACAACGAGCUUCCACAUAUUAAAGAGGAGCAGGAUGAACUGUGCACCAGUCAGGAGGGAGAGCAGCUUGUGCUGAAGCAGGAGACUGAUGCUUUUAUGGUGACUUCUACUGAUGAGGAAAGUGACUACGGCGAAGCUCUGAACUUUAGUUUGGAUGAAACUCAGAGUGUGGUGAAAGAAAAGCACCUAAACUACAUUUCAGUUAACAGCUCUGUAGUGCAAGAACCAAACAGUGACCACCUGCUCCUCUUUCAAAACUCUCAGAGCCAAGAUCAGGAUCAGGAGCACGGAGACUCCGGACCGACUAGAAAUGCAGAGGCAGUGCUACACACUCAACAUCACAAUAGCAACAGUCACACUAACAAUACAACUAAUCCUACCAUGGUAACAUUUCACUGCGAUAUUCAAACAGGUAAAAAGUCUGUAAAAUGUGGCACAUGCGGGAAAACUUUUAGGUGCAAGUCAUAUUUGCAGAGACACCUUUUAACCCACACAGGUGAGAAGCCGUAUUCUUGCAACACCUGUGGGAAAAGAUUCAGUCAGACAUCAAUACUGAAGGCUCAUACAAGAGUCCACACAGGUGAGAAGCCACAUUCUUGCAUCACCUGUGGGAAAAGAUUUCUUCGGAUAUCAGAUCUGAAAAACCACGUAAGAGUCCAUACAGGUGAGAGGCCAUAUUCUUGCAAAAUGUGUGGAAAAGCAUUUGCUCGCCACAGUUGCUUGUUGGUCCACAUGAGAAUCCAUGCAGAUAUGAAGCCACAUACUUGCACCACCUGUGGGAAAAAUUUCAGAACGAGCGGUCAGAUGACACGCCACCUGAGAACCCACACAGGCGAGAAGCCGUAUUCUUGUAGUGCCUGUGGGAAGAGAUUCGGUUGGCCAUCAUUGUUGACGGCUCAUACAAGAAUCCAUACGGGAGAGAGGCCGUAUUCAUGCAAAACAUGUGGGAAAGUUUUCAGACUUAAAAGUGCCUUGAAACUCCACAUGAGUACUCACACAGGUGAGAAGCCAUAUACAUGUUUAACGUGUGGGAGAGCUUUCAGUUUCAGUACUAACUUGAUCAGCCACACGAAAAUCCACACAGGCGAGAAGCCAUUUUCCUGCAACAUCUGUGGGAAAGACUUCAGACGUAACUAUGAGUUGAGAGUCCACACGAGAAGAAAUCAUUAACCUCAUAUAUUUUAUGAUUACUGCAGUACUCAUAUUUCUGUUAACAGUAUUUCUUUGAAACAAAGAAAAUCUCCCAAAUCUUCGAAAAGACUUUGUAUAUAAAACAAAUUUCAUCCUGAAGUUUCAACUAUGAGCAAAUUCUGUUCAUCAAGGCUGCAGAUGGAUGUGACUGACAUCAAAAAUGAGUGAUGAACAGUUCUUUUCAGAGUCAAGUUAAAACAUGCAGGUGUUUUAGAGGUUAACUUAAGCCCCGUUUCCACCGAGCAGUACUGUACAGCUCAGUCCGGUGUGCUUGUUUUCCGUUUCCACUGUGAAAAGUAGUGGAUGGUACCGAUGGAACUGUUACUAACCGUCCCCAUGUUUGGUCCUUCCUCUGUUGGGGUACCUAGCACACAGAUCUGGUACUGAAAGGUGGGGCUGUGAACACUGCAGUCUGAUUGGUCAGUAGUGGACGGUCACUCUGCUCAGGGCUGAAUUGUGUCUGGUUUUGAGGCUCAUGUAACCACUGUUCAUACUGUGGAGAGUUUUAUUAGUAAACUGUAACUAUAAAAUGAAAGGAUGUUUUGCUGCCUCUCACAGCAGCUGGAGACUGAGAAAAAAAAUAGUUAAACUCACUAGGCUGACUGCCGGCACCUUUUAAGGUGGAACAUUACCUUGCAAUGUCACUCAAUGCAUGAGUUGACAGCAUAAAUCAUGCAACACACCUCUUCUCCGAGCUCUAAUUAAUUUCAACCGAAACGUCAUAUAUCCCAAUCCUCACUUGGACAAAAAAAAAGCUUGCCUGAGAAGGACUAAAUGCACAAACCCGCUAUUUUUAAAUAUCCCAUGGAGAGAGACUCUCACUGCAGCCUGUUUCAUUUUGUUCUGAAAAUGUCAUCAUGCAGUCUCGUGCUGUGGAUGAUAAACAAGGUGCAGACUUCAAUCUGUGUCACCGCUGAUGAGGAAAUACAGCGAGUGCUGGACGGAGCAGUGAGUGACAACAACCCCGCCCACAUUUAAGAGGACUGUUUGUGGUGGCAACCCGAAGUAGACCGAGGGCCUAGGCACCAUCUACAAUCUAAAAGAUUACUUUUUGUUCCAAAAGUACCAUACCGAAAGUGUUUGGUGGAAAUGGGACUUUAAAGUAUGAUUUGAUGCUGUGUUUUUAUUUGAUCGGUGGAGCUGUGUAAUUACUGUACUUUGGUCAUUGUGUCAAUAAAGUGGGAGAGUUGCUGCCUCAAGCAAAGGAGUUCAACUAUCUUGUGGUCU